AUGGAGCGCAAGGCCGUCAUCAAGAACGCGGACAUGUCCGAGGACAUGCAGCAGGACGCCGUCGACUGCGCGUCCCAGGCCCUGGAGAAGUACAACAUCGAGAAGGACAUCGCGGCGUACAUCAAGAAGGAGUUCGACAAGAAGUACAACCCGACGUGGCACUGUAUCGUCGGGCGGAACUUCGGCUCCUACGUGACGCACGAGACGAAACACUUCAUCUAUUUCUACCUCGGCCAGGUCGCCAUCCUUCUUUUCAAGUCCGGCUAG